UCGACUGGCGGCGACCGCACCUACCAAUAAAAACCGUUAGACGCCGAAUGGUGAUGUUUGGUGAAUUGUGUUGUAUCAUUGUCUAUAAAUAGUGAAAGCCUCGACCUUAUUAUUUCUGGUCCCUCUUCGUUUCGUACAGAGUGAGUAGUGGCGUGUACUACAGUGCAGCAGCAGUAGCAGUAGUAGCAGCAGCAGAAGCAGAGAGAAGUAAAAGUUGUAGUAGUAAGAACGUGGACGCCGCAACCAACCCCCUCUCCCCGCCCCAGGACGGACAAACACACACACACACAGAGGGACGCCGCCGCCGUCGGUCUUUUCGCAUAAGCAGUAAAGUAUAGAACAAGUGAACAACAACGUGCAUCAUGUCAGCGAAGAACAAAAAGUCCGGUGGAACGCCGGCUUCGCAGGGAAUCCCCCAGCGUCCUGCGAGCCCGCUGAGUCCGACGCGACACUCGCGUCUCCAGGAGAAAGCCGACCUGCAGAAUUUGAACGACCGUCUGGCCUGUUACAUCGAUCGCGUCAGGUAUUUGGAGACGGAGAACAACAGAUUGUCGAAGGAGGUGCAGAUCUCGCAGGAGACGGUGACGCGCGAAGUCUCGAACAUCAAGUCGAUGUACGAUCAUGAGCUGAGCGAUGCGAGACGUCUGCUCGACGAGACCCACAGGGAGAAGGCGAAGCUGGAGAUCGACCUGAAGAGAGUCUGGGACGAGAACGAGGAGUUGAAAGCUGGACUGACGAAGAAGUCCAAGGAUCUGCUGAUCGCGGAGAAUUCCGUACGCAUCCUGGAGACUCGCACCAAUGACCUCACACACAAGUACAACCAGGCGCAGGGCGAUGCGAAGAAGGCCAUCACCGAUGCCAAGGAAUUGGAGAAGGAAAGGGACAAACUGAAGAAGCUCGUAGAUGAACUCCGGAAGCAGCUCGAGGAGGAAUCUCUGGCCAGAGUCGAUGUUGAAAACAAUAAUCAGAGUCUCAGGGAGGAAUUAUCCUUCAAAGAUCAGAUCUUCCAGCAACAGCUGACUGAGACCAGGACCAGACGUCAGGUGGAGAUCACCGAGAUCGACGGUCGCCUGGCCGAGCAAUAUGAGGCGAAAAUGCAGGAGGCCCUGCAGGGAUUGCGCGAUCAAUACGAAUCGCAGAUGGCCAACAACAGGCAGGAGAUCGAGCUGCUGUACGAGUCGAAGAUAAAGAAUCUUCAGAUGGCGGCGAACAGGAACUCUGGCGCCGCUUCGGCCGCCUUGGACGAGCUCCGCACCAACAGGCUUCGCAUCGACAGUCUGACCGGUAAAAUCACCGAGUUGGAGAGUCUGAAUGCGAGCGCCGCGGGCAGAAUUCGCGACCUGGAGAAGUUGCUCGAGCACGAGAGGAUGUGCCAUGCCGAGGAUCGCGCCUUGCUCGAAGGAGAUCUAGCGAGGAUGCGCGAAGAUAUGGCGCAGCAGAUGCAGGAGUAUCGCGAGCUCAUGGAUAUCAAGGUGUCUCUGGACCUCGAGAUCGCCGCAUACAGGAAGCUGCUCGAGUCCGAAGAGGCUCGUCUUAACAUCAGUCAGCCUACGGCCAAUACAUCAGCGGACAGUUCGACCGCGAGCAGAAGCAUCCGUGGAAGUUCGACUCGCAGGACCCCCGUACGUUUCAGCGGCGGUAACAAACGGAAGAGGACAUUGCUCGACGAGAGCAGCGAAUCCGCACUGAACGACUACAGCGUGACGAGCUCUUCAAAGGGCGACAUGGAAGUGGCCGAGGUCUGCCCGGACGGCAUCUUUAUCAAGCUGCACAACAAGAGCGACAAGGAGGUGGCGUUGGGCGGAUGGAACGUCCUCCGCAGAUGCGGCGACGCUGAAAUCUCCUUCAAGUUCCAUCGGUCUGUAAAGAUCGAACCGAACGGCACCGUCACCGUUUGGUCGUCCGAUUCCGGUAAGGAGCACGAGCCGCCCACCAACAUCGUCAUGAAGGGCCAGAAGUGGCUCGUCGCAGACAACAUGGUAACCUGCAUCAUCAACAAUAGCGGCGAGGAGGUGGCCACCUCGGAGCGCGUCCGCAUGCAGCACUCCAACUCGAUGUCCAGACAUCGAGAGUUCUCGUAUUUGGGUGGAGAGGAUCUUCAUCAUCAGCAGGGCGACCCGACCGGCGAGGAAAAAUGCAGACUCAUGUAAAGUAGGAGAAGAGGAAAACAUCGACGUCGCCAAAUCAGCAAGAAAAACAAAACACAACAAACGACUACACGUUUAAACAACAUACAUACAUAUUUUUUUUUUUUACUACUUUUAAUAUAUUUUUAUUGAGAAAAGUUAUUACAUAUAAAUAAUAUAAUAUAUAGGUAUUGUCUCGGUUUAGUUGUGAGAACCUCUAUUAUUUAUUUUCUUUGUUGUUGCGGGCGAAAAUGGAAAAAUAAUAAUUGUAAAAAAAAAAAGAAAGAAGCGGGGAAAAUCUCAGCCGGAAUUGAACUUCCCUCUUGAUAAUGUGGGCGGCGCCUAAUUCGAAGGAGUAACAGAAGUGGGCGGCGCGCAGAUCGGAGAAGCUCGGUUGCGGACGCGAUCAUUCGGCUGCUCUCCUCUCCUCACUCAUUGGAAACCUUUUAUACUUUGUCACUAUAGUUACGCAUUUCUACAUUUGUUUUCCUCUUUAUAUUUUUUUUUAAUAUAUAUACAUAUGUUACAUACAUAAACA